GGUUUCUAAGACAUACGAUUUUUAGUAAUCACAAGAUGCAAGCAAACGAAAAUACUUUUCUCAUAGACAGGAAUCGCGUCAAUGGAUUAUCCACAAUAUUUGCUGUUGUCUGUAUUUUGGAUGUGUUCGGUGUUUUCCCCGUUAUAACAUUACCUAAAGCUAUAAUGGAUUGUGGUUACUACGGGUUUCUAUUAAUAAUUUCGGUAAGUUCGAUGCAAAUGUAUACGGCAGUUCUGCUUGGUAGAUCUUGGUUAAUAGCUGAAGAAUUAUAUCCGAUGAUAAACAAGAAAAAUCGUUAUCCAUAUGCAGCUUUAACGGAAAUCACUUUUGGUAGCAAGUUUGCAAGCUUCGUAACAUUUUUAUUAGAUUUUGCCAUAUUUGGCGGAGGAAUUCCUAACCUCAUUGUUGCUUCACAAAAUCUGCAACUAUUUGGCCAACGAAUUAGUAAUGGUUCUAUCGACAUAUCAUAUUGUUUUUGGAUUAUUAUGGUCGGAGCGCUAUUAUGUCCGAUUUUAUGGUUGGGAAGUCCAAAAGAUAUGAAAUGUUUGUGUUCAAUAUCGGUUGGCAUAGUUCUAACGGUGUUUUUCUUAACAUCCGGAUGUAUUUUAUUUAGUCCAGGAUAUAUACCAGAGGAAUCUAAACUUGUGCAUAAUGAAAAUUUACCGUGGAAGAACAUAUUAAAAGCUUAUGGGAUUCUAGCUUUCCAAUUCGAUAUCCAUCCGUCUAUACUCACUAUUCAAGUUGACAUGAAUGACAAAUCGCGACUAUCUAAAGCACUUUUAUCAGGAUUUUUGAUAACUUUAUCUAUGUUUGGAAUUACAACGAUAAUGGCUUAUUCGAAAUUAGGACUCCUAGAUCAGCCUAGCAUUUUAGAAAUACUACCGACGACGGUAUUCUUGCAUGCUGUCGCGUUGUUGGUGGCGGUACAAUUAUGUCUUACGUCAGCUGUCAGUAAUUGCGCUUUGUACCAACAGAUGGAGGAUUGUAUGAGUAUAUCGAGAGAUUUCAACUCAAAAAGAUGUAUUCUUCGUACUACCAUCUCCAUUUUAGCAAUUGUGAUAGCGGAAUCAGUUCCAAAAUUUGAUUUGGUGAUGUCAAUAAUAGGUGGAACCCUAACAGCACCUUUGGCAUUCAUAUUACCUCCGCUAAUUUUCUUGAAAAUGCAAACGAUGAAAAAACUUUAUAUAGAACAAUUGGCUUUGGCUUCUUUCACUAAUUUAGUGUAUACAAAAGACAUGUCACAAUAUGUUGAAAGAAAAUACGAUUCAGAGAUUAUUGUCUCCAGUAAUGAAUCUAAUUAUUGUAAGACUUUCAUUUACAAAUAUUUUGAAAGUUUCUUUUGUGUUUUUAUAAUUGUUUUUAGUACUUUUUUAACUUUGACAACAACUUACUUCAAUUUUCUUAGUGCUAUUUAUUCCUACAGUAAUGUCACUAUGCCUUGUAUUUAUAACGUAUCUAAAGCAUUAAUAUUUAUUUGAGAAACACCCUGUAGUUUGUUUGUCACGAAAUUGCAGUUGAGUGACACACUGUUUUAAGAUGUUUGAAGGCAAUUUAUAUACAAAAAAUGUUAUAUUUACACUAUAAAUAAAAAGCUUUUAAGUAAAA